GCUCACAGACGUAGUACGCGUCUGCGAAACGAGUCGUGGGACGUCAUUAAGACACGAUUCAGCCCAGAGACUCUUCAACGGCAUUCGCCAUCACGAACCUACGGCUGCUGUCCCGGCUGCAACCGGGAGAUAGGCGGAAGUUCGUCCGGACGGUGGAAAACCGUAUUUGCUGUGGUAUCGUCUCGUCGUGGACUAGAUGCCGAGAACGGAGCAUACAGUUGCUUGUGAGCCUUCUUUGAGCAGGAGCAGAAGCGAAAAGCAGGGAUGAAGAUUUUUCGGAAGAAGGAGACUGGGGACGGAUACGAGCGGGGAAUAUCACCUUUCCACGCCUGGAACGAAAGCAACGACAGAGCUCCCCCGAUUGGCGCGGCCACGGCCUCCCCAAGACAGAAUCGCAGUGUAGCACUACGUUCCGCCCCCACACCAACGAUCCCUUUGCGCGUGCGGGAAGCUUCGACCGACCAGGGCGACUCCGGCGGUGUCGAGAACGGUCUUUCCGAUAAGGGAUGCUCGGAGAGGACCCGGUCUCGUCGCUUGGGCGCGAAAACAAGGUCUCGGUCCGCUUCCACCAGUUCAGCACUGCAAUCACCUGCCGCCACCCCUCCUGUGGCGAUCUCUCAACCCCGACAAAGGCUGCCUAUAUCUUCAACCCUUUCCCAGCACCCCGGAAACUCGCGAGAGCAGUAUCCCACUACCAUCAAACCGCGUCCAAGACGACGAAAGCGCCGGAAACAACGCCCACGGAAACCAAGGAAGUUAGCGUUUUGGAGGCGAUUGCAGCAGUACUUUAUGGCAUGCUGCUUCUCUCUUGCGAAUCUUACCAAGAGGAAAGGCCGCUCUACGGAGGAGCGCGUGCGGGUGAAAAUUCACAGAGACGCUGCAGGGCGGACCAUUGUCAGGGCGAAGAGGAUGCGGUCUCGCUCAGAUGACGUCUUUCAAGCUUUCAAUCAUUUGAAUGAUGAAGAAGACCCCGAUCACGGUGAUAAUGAUAGUGAUGAUGUGGAGGAAUCUGUCGGUAACGGUACUUAUGAUUCCGGCGACGAGGAUGAGGAGGAUUACGAAGAAGAGGUGUGGGAACAAUGGGCUCCUGAGCCGGGUGGAUCAGGCGCCUACGAUCCGAAGCGAACCUCACCUCAGAACCCGUUUGCCACGUUAACUCGAUCAGGCGAUACGGGCGGCAAGAAUCGCGGGAAUGUCAAUCCCAGACUUUUCUCGGCAGUGUCGAAGAGUCAACCACCGUAUGCCUCCCCAUCAACGUCUAGCACGUUCCUCCCUCGUGACGACACAGCGGGAGGUGAAAACUCUUAUGUGGCUGGUGGUCUCGUUUCCUCGGCGCAAAGUAUCACAGGGGAAGUGGACAAUGUGAUGCAAGUUUUUGCCGACACGAUACAGAGUCUCCCUAAGGAGCUGAACGCCCGAUAUCUGUUUACAGAACUCGUCGGGUACGGUGGCAAUGGCUUCAUUGCGGGAGCUCUCGACAGAAGGGAUGGCUCCACUCGGGUCGCCGUCAAGUUUCUGGGGAAGAAUCGCGUACCUGCAUCCAAUCUUGUCGAAUCACCGGCGUAUCCUUUUCUCGUUCCUGUGGAGGCAGAAAUCCUGCGCACUGUUGCACAUCCCAAUAUCGUGCGAUUCAUCGGCCUCUAUGCCGACGAAGCAUUCUUCAUGAUUGUCAUGGAGCGGAUCUACAGUUUCCUGAAAGCUGUGGAUUCGAUACCAGAGCCUGCUCAGACCUCGAGAAUAGUGAUGUCGCCUUCGCGUCGGUCUCAAGUUUCACUUCCAUACGUACAGACGGUGACGGGCUCUGAUGCAUCAUCUGCCAUACAGAGUCCAACUGAUGGGAAGUGGAGAAGCCCCACCGAAUCCUCUCUUCAGCACCCGCAUGCGCUUCAUUUGAAGCCACCCCGAGGAGCCCGUUCUGAAAUCAGACUUCCCGAUACCCUCGUUCCUGCAUCAUCAGACCCAUUGCGCCCAACGACAAGCCUUUCACAUACCAUCCCAAGCAUUCCUUCGUGUGGGUCACAAACGCAUCCCAUAACUGCACCGCAGACGCCGUGUACACCGCCCCACGAAGUCGCAAGCUCACACUCCCAAGGAUCUUCUACUCUGACAGCCAACCGAACCAGUCCCGUCACGAAGCUACCCCCGCCCUCCCCGCUACGCGAAGACUCAUCGGCAGCGUUUUUCUCGACACCCGUUGAUUUGCCGGAAGACGGUGGCCUGAAAUCCACAGAAACUGUUUUCGCGUCGUCGCAAAAACGGAUGUCCAACGGCUCUGGCCCGUUCGCGUCGCCACCCACUUUACGCGGGACGCCUUUUCCAUCUGUUUCCCAAUCGUCCGAACAGUUUCCUUCACGCUCUUCCGGCGUGCCAUCUUUCUCUCAUCCGCUAUCCCCAGGGGCGCCUCCGGACAGUCCUACUCGGGAACACGCGCCAUUUUUGUCGUCCGCAGUUUUCGAACCUCCACUACGGGCGUCUGAGUACACACAACCCGCCCUUCCGCACCUCGCUCGCCCCCGGCAUGGUCAUCCCGGUGAUCUAGACGAAUUUUUGUACAUGUACGGGAUACUGCAUCCUCUGAUACAACGGCGGUUGUCUUUCCAACUCUUGAGCGCUUAUGUCGCAUUGCGAGAGAAAGGAAUUGUAUACCUGGAUUUCCGAGGAGAAAAUGUGAUCGUUGAUCGGGCUUUCAACAUCAAGUUAGUCGAUUUUGGGAUGAGCCAGUUCAUCCAUGAGGGUCCACACUUGCGGUCCCGCGACCGCCCUCAUAGGAUUAGCUUGGAUGCGAGUGUCACCGCCGAUCAUGACCAAGAAGGAGACCCCAAGAAAGUUUUGGUCAAUGGCCCUGAUGCGAUGGCCGGAGGCAAAUACCCACCACCACCCUCACGCAAUGCAUCUUCAUAUUCUGUACCUCGAAAUGUCGACGGCGAUCGCGUUCGAACGGAUGCAAAUCCUCAACGCGGCGGCAAAUUCACGGUAUAUGGCACGCGGCCGUUUUCUGCGCCGGAAAUCCUAUUGGGGAACGGAUAUUCGGGUCCGGAAGCGGACAUCUGGGCUCUCGGCAUCCUCUUCUUCAACAUUGCUACCGGGGGUCUAGAUCCAUUUCCUGACCUCCCAAGUGGCGAAGAUGGUAAAGGAGAUGCGAGACCAGCACCCUCCGCAUCAGCAUAUUCCAUUAAAUGGCCCGAUCCGAAACCUGCAACCCCAACUACCACAUAUUAUGUAGAGUCAUCCAUCCCUUCACCGUUACAUCAAAUAAGCGUGGCUCAAAAGGCUAUCAUUGAGCGUAUGUUGGAGCCAGAUCCCAUAUUGCGGGCAACGACGGAGGACGUGCUGAAGUGCGAUUGGUUCGUCGGGUUGAGCGGGCGGGUAGCAUAGCCAUUAGCUAAUAAACACGAUGUAUCAAUCGCAGCUCUUUGGUUGCUGCUCACUCCCCAUGAUGCAAAAACGCUAGGAAAUAGACUGAUGCCAAGACGCCGUCCGAUGAUAUAUCACCCGCCAGAGUGUGAUCAAGAGAUUGGCAUGAAUGGAGAAUGAUGCAAAGUCUGAGACGAAUCUUCUAUG